UUUUUUUUUUGCUCGCCAUUUUGGGGGUAGCUCUUGUCGCUCAGUCGCAGUCAAGUCGAGUCUCUGGCCGUUCGAGAUGAUAUCCCUGCGAGCCGUGAGGAGUCUAGCCCGCGCCCUCCCGCGCACCGCUCCUCUGCUGCCCCGAGCCGUCGCUCCAUCCCUAUCAACUCAGAGUCACAGAUAUGCCAGCGGAGGCCCGACCUCGGCCGAGGUGUCGUCCAUUCUGGAGCAGAGGAUCAUGGGUUUCUCUGAAAAGGCUCAGCUGGAGGAGACAGGCCGUGUGCUCACCAUUGGAGACGGAAUUGCUCGUGUAUAUGGCCUCAAGAACAUUCAGGCUGAGGAGAUGGUGGAAUUUUCAAGUGGACUCAAGGGUAUGGCUCUGAAUCUCGAGCCGGACAACGUUGGUGUGGUGGUGUUUGGUAACGACAAGUUGAUCAAGGAGGGGGACGUCGUUAAGAGGACGGGGGCAAUCGUCGAUGUCCCAGUCGGUCGAGGGAUCCUCGGGAGAGUCGUCGAUGCCCUCGGCAACCCCAUCGAUGGGAAGGGCCCACUGGAUACGACGCAGCGUGCCCGAGUGGGGACGAAGGCUCCCAGUAUUAUUCCCAGGAUCUCGGUGCGGGAGCCGAUGCAGAGCGGAAUCAAGGCUGUGGACAGUCUGGUUCCCAUUGGCAGAGGUCAGAGAGAGCUCAUCAUCGGAGACAGACAGACCGGUAAGACUGCUAUUGCCAUAGACACAAUCAUCAACCAGAAGAGGUUCAACGAUGGCGACGACGAGAGGAAGAAGCUCUACACCAUCUACGUCGCCAUCGGACAGAAGAGGAGUACCGUUGCCCAGAUCGUGAAGAGACUCAGCGAUAGUGAUGCCAUGAAGUACACGAUUGUGGUGAGCGCCACGGCGUCAGACGCAGCCCCCCUCCAGUACCUGGCCCCCUACUCUGGCUGUGCCAUGGGAGAGUACUUCAGAGACAACGGAAUGCACGCUCUCAUCAUUUACGACGACCUCUCAAAGCAGGCUGUGGCAUACCGUCAGAUGUCACUGCUACUGAGACGACCUCCGGGUCGCGAGGCAUACCCUGGCGACGUCUUCUACCUCCACUCUCGUCUGCUGGAGAGAGCCGCAAAGAUGAACGAGGAUUACGGCGGGGGAUCACUCACUGCUCUACCCAUCAUUGAGACACAGGCUGGAGAUGUGUCAGCCUACAUCCCCACCAACGUCAUCUCCAUCACAGACGGUCAGAUAUUUCUGGAGACGGAGCUGUUCUACAAGGGUAUCCGACCGGCCAUCAACGUCGGUCUUUCUGUUAGUCGUGUGGGCUCUGCUGCUCAGAUCAAGGCAAUGAAACAGGUCAAAUCCACUUAUUUACUGACUAGCCUAGUCAUCCAUUCUCUGCCGCUCAAAAAUGUGCAUGUGUGAGCAUAAUUAGAUGCGCUAUUUCCACCAACCAAGAGAGACUCUAUUGUUCCGCAGGUUGCUGGCUCCAUGAAGCUGGAGUUGGCCCAGUAUCGUGAAGUGGCUGCAUUUGCUCAGUUUGGCUCCGAUCUCGACGCAUCCACCCAGUCUCUCCUCAACCGUGGAGUGAGACUAACAGAGCUCCUCAAGCAGGGACAGUAUUUACCAAUGGCCAUUGAAGAUCAGGUGGUGUCCAUCUAUGCUGGUGUGAGGGGUCAUCUGGACAAGCUGGACCCGUCAAAAGUCACUGCGUUCGAGAAAUCCUUCCUCCAGCACAUGAAAUCCUCUCACCAGCCUCUCCUGGACACCGUCCGCACAGAGGGUCAGAUCUCUGAAGCAACGGAGGAGAAAUUGAAGAGCAUCGUAACGUCCUUCAUGGAGUCUUUCGAUGGCAGGCAGUCUUAGGGAGAGCUGACCGACCAGCUACACAUCUAGUCUUAGCUCAUUCUCUAUGUAACUGUGGUUUAGGUAUCGUUAGCUUAUGUUAUGGCAGCCUUGCAGUGCGUGUACGUUCGAGCACUGCCUCACUAUUCUAAUAGCUCCCGCUGCAUUGUUGUGGAGCCGAUAUUGUGUACAGGUGGUUGGCAUUAAUUGGAAAUUUUGACCGGCUCAAAAAAGAGAGUGCGCGCGUGCGGUAGUAAGUGCGCAUGCGCUGGUUUGCGAGUGUGGUGGAUGCAGAUUGACGGUGGAGUGCAGUCCUGCCAGUCUAUCAAUGCGG